AUGGAAAUAACAUUUAUUGAUAUUGCACAUUUUAUAUCUGGUUUAUAUUCUCUUAUUCUUAUUCUUGUUGGUACACCAUUAAAUCUUUUAUGUUUCUAUAUCUAUACACGUCUUGUACCAAAUCGUUCAAAUCCAACAAUAAUUGUCUUUUCUUAUUUAGCUCUUAUUGAAUUAUUAAUACCAUUUACAUGGAAUAUAAAUUAUGUUGUACGAGAAUUAAUAUGGAAAUAUCAAAAUAUUAGUUCAAUUAAAAAUUUAGAACAACAUUCAUUAUUUAUAUGCAAAUUUAUUUCUUAUGGUGCAUAUUUUUCUCUUCAAUGUGCUGCAUGGCUUAAAACAUUAGCAACAUUUGCGCGAUGUGUUUCAUUGCAGCCUCAAUGGUCAUUAAAAAAAUGGUUAUCAAAACCAAUUAUAAUUCAUCGUGUUACUUGGAUGGUUAUUUUCUUUAUAGCUCUUAUUAAUUUUCCAAUAUGGAUAAUUAAUGGAAAACGUAUUCUUUAUAAUGAUGAAUUUAAUCAAACAAAACAAGAAAUUAAAUGUUAUCAAUCAAGAUUUUUUCAAUUUUGGGAAAUUGUUCAUUUAUUAUUAUAUAAUUUUAUUCCUUUUACAUUAAUGAUUUUAUCUAAUAUAUCAAUUAUUCGUCAAGUUAGAGAAUCUCGUAGACGAACAAGAAAAUCAAAAUUAAAUAAACAAUUUAGUAAUAACAGUAGCAAUAGUGCUGGUAAUCGUCGUGGUAGAUCAAGUGAUGGUGGUCGAUUAACAAAAACAUUAAUAUUAAUAACAAUAUUUUUUAUUAUGUUUACUUCACCUUCUGCUAUAUUUUAUAUUUUUUUUGGAAAAACGAUUAAAUUACACAGAAGUUUAAUCACAAUGACUUUGAGCAAUUUAGCAACAACAAGUCAUGUCACAUCAUUUAUUAUAUAUUGGUUAACAUCCAGUGAUUUUAGAGAUGCAGCUAUGAGCAUUCUCUUUUGUCGUCAAUUUGUGCUUCGUCGAAUACCAACAGAUGAAAAACACCAGGAUAAACCAAUUUCUGAGAAACCAAUAUUACCAUCAACAGCUCAACUCGAUGAUGACAAUCAUCAGAAAUUGCCUCCACUUCAAUUAUCAACAAUAAAUCCAUAA